AUGUCCUCCACAAUGGCAUCCAGACGAUUCAAUUCGAACGCCGACCAAUUGCAAUCGUUACCUGAACUGCGGUCUGCCAAUCGCCUCAAUGAACGGAUAGACACUACCAGGGUUGUCUUUCGAGUGUUUGAUUCCAGCUCUUUCCGAGGCUAUCACCCUGCUAAUGGAUUCGAAGCCACUGGGUUCGACAAAACCAGCCUCAGUUACGCUCAUCUUGCAGAGGCUCACGUCGACAGAGAUAACCGAAAUAUCAUUACUCCGUGGCUGUCGACCUCGCGCGGCCCCUUCCCCCCUGUGCACUCCCUGUCACUUCUCAGCCCGAACAGUAAACUCAGGCAAUUUGCCAACAUUUCUGAUGAGAUCCUUAUUUACGGUCAUAUACCCCCUAGCGCUAUCAUCUCGGUCUGGAAGUUCGAGAAAAUUGAGAGGUCGGUUGAUAUCGUCGGUAUACCGCGCAUCAUUUCCCAGAAGAUGCCAACCGAUGGCUACGAGAGCUACCGAGACGUUCAUCACAACCUCGUGACAUUCUUUAAAAGCUCUUCAUCCGCUAUAAUAUGGCAGGCCCGAGAAGAAGGACAGCGCUGUGCAGAUAUUGCCAUCAAUAUGUUGUAUCACGGGUACGACCAGCUCGAUCAAGAACUUGAAGAGAUGCUGGCUCCAAUAAGAGGCACAAGGACUUGGGCUUACGAAAAGCGAGUUUCUUCCGGUAACGUGGAUGGUUUGAUUAGAGAGGUCAAUGGUAUGUCGUGUGGGGGGGCAUCCGAACCGUCCAACCUAGGUGUUCAUGGCACUAAUAUGCCUCAACCCUCCAAAUUAGGAGGGAAGUUUGUGCUUCUCAAAAAGGGGGCAAUCAAAUGUAAAAGUCCUUUCAAGUUUUCAACCUUUCCUCGCCUGACUGACACACUUCAAAGUUUGCAAAAAUCGUUCAAAACCAAGACAGGACUCAGGUCGGACCAAACAGCCAACACAAAUAUGCUCAAGGAGGAUCCCAACGAUGUCUCUGCAGCGGCACUGGUUGCAAUCUCCCAAGCCCUGGUUACGAUUGCUACUAGUAACUCAUCUGCAGCUUCGCUAUUAGAACCAAUCAGCACUACCAAUUUUAUUCCGCCACAGAAUGCCGUUACCGUUAACAUACUAUGGUACAUUUCGCUCAGCCUGAGCAUAGCAACCGCAUUUUUGGCUAUGCUUGCCAAGGAUUGGUGUUAUUCAUUCUGGUCUCGCCGUACUGGACACCCACGAGAUCAGGCAUAUCGCCGGCAGCGCAAGUGGAAAAUGAUCGAGCGCUGGAAAAUGCAAGAACUUAUUAUAGUCUUACCAUUGCUGAUGCAUUUAUCGUUACGUGAGUCUUCCAAAAGCGGAACAACUUAUUCCUUGCUCACUAUUCUCCGGAAUUUGAAGUGUUAUUCUCAGUAG